UCUUUUCCAUUCAUUGGCUCUUUUCUCUAUCUCAGUUUUCCCUGUUUUAUUUUUAUUUUCCUCCAGUUUUUCUGAUUGUCUGUUUGGAUAGUGAGAAAGUUGCAAUGACAGUUUCCAAGAAAUGGGUCUUUGCUUCUUUAGCUGUUCUGUUUUUGUUUCUUACUGGAGCAACGGCCACUCUACGGACAAACGGAUCUUCCAGCAAUGUGGAGACGGAGAUGCAGCAGAGCUCAAAAAACUCAACAAUGGCAGCUAGGUGGAAUGAGCAUGCGGUGGAUGAUCCAGAGGCCGUUGCAGCCGAGGUCCAGGCCAGCAUCUACAUGAACAUUCGAAAUGUGACUGAGAGGAGGGAGUUGGGGUACUUCUCCUGCGGAACUGGUAACCCCAUUGAUGACUGCUGGCGUUGUGACCCCAACUGGCAAAAGAACCGGAAGAGACUUGCCGACUGCAGCAUCGGUUUCGGAAGGAACGCGAUAGGUGGGCGUGAUGGACGCUUCUAUGUCGUCACUGACCCUAAUGAUGAUGACCCUGUUAACCCCAAGCCCGGGACCUUGCGUCAUGCUGUGAUCCAGGAGCAGCCCCUUUGGGUUGUGUUCAAGAGGGACAUGGUUAUCAAGUUGAAGCAGGAGUUGCUUGUCAACAGCUUUAAGACCAUCGAUGGUCGUGGGGUGAAUGUUCAUAUUGCUAACGGGGCAUGUAUCACCAUCCAGUUCGUUACCAAUGUGAUUGUUCAUGGUCUCCAUAUUCAUGACUGUAAGCCCACAGGCAAUGCCAUGGUGAGAAGCUCACCCUCUCACUUCGGUUGGAGGACGAUGGCCGACGGAGAUGCGAUUUCCAUCUUUGGCUCGAGUCACAUCUGGGUCGACCACAAUUCUCUCUCUAAUUGUGCCGAUGGUCUUGUUGAUGCUGUCAUGGGGUCAACCGCCAUUACCAUCUCCAACAACCACAUGACCCACCACAACGAGGUGAUGUUGCUGGGUCACAGCGACUCUUACACAAGGGACAAGCAGAUGCAAGUGACCAUCGCCUACAACCAUUUCGGAGAGGGGCUAGUACAGAGAAUGCCAAGGUGUAGGCAUGGGUAUUUCCAUGUGGUAAACAACGACUACACUCACUGGGAAAUGUAUGCCAUUGGUGGAAGUGCAAAUCCUACCAUAAACAGCCAGGGUAACAGAUACGCAGCUCCGACGAAUCCAUUCGCAAAGGAGGUGACCAAGAGGGUGGAUACUGCUCAAGGCCAGUGGAAGAGCUGGAACUGGAGGUCAGAAGGGGACCUGCUUCUAAAUGGUGCAUAUUUCACUCCGUCCGGUGCUGGAGCCUCAGCCAGCUAUGCCAGGGCCUCAAGCUUGGGGGCCAAGUCCUCCGCCAUGGUUGGGGCCAUCACUUCCAAUGCCGGUGCUCUACCCUGCCGCCGAGGCAGGCAAUGCUAGUUAGCACCCAAUCUCCUUUUCCAUCAUUCAAAAGGAAAUUAAAAGCACUACCAACCAACCAAAUAUCCAUAUUCCCUAUCUACCUGCAUCAUCACACAUUUUGAGUCUAGUGUACAUUUUUUUUACAGUCAUUAUUUUGUCAACCUUCCGCCUGCUUCAACUCAAGUAUAAAAAAAAAUGGUCUUAGAAGCAGGUACACAAGCGUUGUCCUGCGUCAAUCUUGGUCUCUCUUCCUACACUUUUGUCUUUCGGGUUUAUAGGUGAAUUUUAUUUUAUUGCUUUCAAAUUGUGCGUUGUCAAACAAGCAAUAGUAUAAAUGUCAAAGUUUGGAGUUAUUUAAAGACUUUUUUUACAGAGAUGAUGCAAUAGUCAAUAGCAGUGACGU